UGACGAAUACUGCCGAUUAGUGCCGAAUCGACCUCUAGCAGGGAGUUACACUCGCCCGUCUACGCAUUAUUGACCAUUUCCUGAGUCAAUAUUGCUUUAAAUAUCGCGACCAUAGGACAGUAUUCUUAAAUAAAAGCAGUGAUGUUAUUGUAAAGUGUGAGUUACUUGUAAUCUUACGUACAGAGUGUGUUCAGAGUGUACAGAGUGCUAGUCAUGAAUAUUAAGAUACAAACAACAGCGGCGUGUAUUGGAUUACGUUAAUUAAUACUAAUAGCGUUGUGAAAAACAUCGUCGGUGUAAAGUAAAACCAAAUAAACAGCUUAGUUGUGUAAGACCCAUCCUUUUGAUAACCUAAUAGACGAAUACCUAGAUUUAAGUUCAUAUAAAAAACUCUACAAGAAUAAUGCCAACGACUACGAUACAAGAAAAUAUCGCUCUUUUAAAUAUGAUGUCCUCGGACAACCUGGAGGAUGAUUUGAAAAGUGUUCAGCUUCAUUAUCCAUCAGACAGGCGAUUACAAAGCGAUGGCGCAUGCGUAGAAGAGAGAGUCAGGACUUCACGCGGGGACAUCUUGGUGGCGGUUCGAGGUGAUCGUAAUAAACGCGCCAUAAUCACAUACCAUGAUUUGGGCCUCAAUUAUGCAGCAAAUUUUCAAGCGUUCUUUAAUUUCGUGGACAUGAGAUCUAUAUUAGAUCAAUUUUGCAUUUAUCACGUUAAUGCUCCAGGUCAAGAGGAGGGGGCACCGACAUUGCCCGAGGAUUUCUCCUAUCCAUCUAUGGACGCCCUGGCCUCUCAAAUUGAUUUCGUUCUCGGUCAUUUUGGUAUAAGAUCGUUCAUCGGAUUCGGAGUCGGCGCAGGUGCUAAUAUUUUAGCUCGGUAUGCCAUGGUUAGUCCUCAGAAGGUCGAUGCUUUAGUCCUUAUCAAUUGUACAUCAACUCAAGCCGGUUGGACCGAGUGGCUCUAUCAGAAGAUCAACACUAGACAGCUACGAUCCAGCGGAAUGACGCAAGGGGCGCUCGAUUAUCUAAUGUGGCACCAUUUCGGUCGCAGUACUGAUGACCGUAACCACGACUUAGCCCACGUAUACAAGGAUUGUUUUUCACAUGUCAAUCCCGUUAAUCUAUCUAUGUUUAUUGAUUCAUACUUGCGUCGAUCGGAUUUAGGUAUCGCCAGAGACAGCAAUACGAUAAAAGUGCCCGUUUUAAACGUAACUGGAGCGCUUUCCCCGCACGUUGACGACACUGUCACUUUCAAUGGCCGCUUGGAACCAGCGAAAACCUCAUGGCUGAGUAUCUCGGAUUGUGGAAUGGUGCUAGAGGAGCAGCCAAGUAAGAUUGCAGAAGCGUUUCGCCUCUUCCUUCAGGGUGAGGGUUACUGCAGGUAGACCUUACCUUGCGGGACAACGAUAAACCGUAAUGCUGCAACUAAAUAGAGUGCACUUGAUGCUUAUCUACACGCCAGCUUUAACAACACAGUUGUUGUAGACAUUGGAAUUGUAGACGAAAAAAUUGUUAACCAUUGUUUUAGAUAAUUAUGGAAAUAAAUUUAUUUUGUGGCUUAAA